CACAGUCUGGAAAUUCGUGAACAAAGAUGACGUACACCAAUUCGAUUUUCUUCCUCUCCCUCAGCUUCCUUCUAUUCCUCGGUCAAAUCGAAGCGAAAAGAACACAGUUUGUGACUUGCGGAUCAGUUAUUAAGCUAUUGAAUACAGACUACAAAGUUCGAUUACACUCGCACGACGUGAAAUAUGGAUCAGGGAGUGGACAACAGUCUGUCACUGGUACUGAAAUUCAGGAAGACGUGAACUCUCACUGGGUCAUCAAGUCUGCAACAGGAAAAUUCUGCAAACGAGGUGAACCAAUUGCGUGUGGCGCUGUGAUUCGGCUGGAGCACUUGGCGACGAAGAAGAAUCUCCACUCUCAUCAUUUCCCAUCUCCACUUUCUGGAAACCAAGAAAUAUCGGCGUAUGGAGAUAAUGCUGGUGAAGGAGACACGGGUGAUCACUGGACCGUGGUAUGCAAGGGCGACAGCUGGCUGAGAGAUGACUCAGUCUUGCUCAAACACAUUGACACUGACAUGUUUCUUUCGGUGACAGGGCGGACAUAUGGACGACCCAUUAAUGGCCAGUUGGAAGUGGUUGGUGUGUCUUCGCCAUCAAGUAGCCACUGGCAGGCAGCCGAAGGCCUCUUCAUCCAUCCAAGUGACUUCAACGCUAAAGCGCAAAGCUACAUUCACACCGAACUCUAAAUCAACCAAAGUUUACACAGUAUGAAUGGACCCUCUAUUGUUUUUGUGUCUCCAGUAACUUAUUCCGAGUUUGGUGAAUCCCACAAAACGGCAACCUUUUUAAGUCACAGAUGCUUCAAGGGUAAAAUGCGUGAGAACUUUGCACCAGAUUUACAAAAAAAAAAAAAUGUUGGAUUGCGUGUGCUGUUGCAAAUAAUUUCAAUUCAUGUGAUAACUUGCUAUAAAUUUUUUUUUUGGAUGAGUUGGGUGAAAUGACAAAGCUGACACAGAAUUUAGUUGAAUGUGAACCACUUCAAAUUCCUUUAUUAUUUUAAGGACAAAUGGAUACAGUUUUCCAGCUUGAGAACAAUUAAAAAUGCAAUGUAACACAA